AUGUCAUAUCACCAUCCUUCGUAUCCACAGCCCCACUUCAGAUCAUCCGGGUUCCUGGAUACUUUGGAUUGGCUGAGUAAACGUAAUUUAGCUCGUAUUUAUCCGUUUAUAUGUCGCUGUAAAGAACUCCCUUACUAUUUUGAAGCACCUCAGCCAAGCUCUGUGAAAAGUUUGCUCGAAUCUGCUGCUACUUUGAUGGACGCCCUCACGAAUCUCAGUGCUGCAAGGAGUGUUGUUAAGAAGUUACCGAACACUGUUGCAGGCGUAUCUGUGACAGUGACAUUUCUUGCCGUGGAUACGUACAAGUCGAAAAUGGCAACCGCAGCCGCGCUGCUUACGGGAAGCCGGCUGAUCGCCAAUUUCACUGGUGUGCCGAUCUCAGCGAACGUCAGCACAACUGCGAUUCCGCUUCUUGGUGUCCAAGGAGCACACCAUGAAAUGGCCAGUAGACACAAGGGGCGCUAUGAGUUGUUGCUUCAUGCAGUUCCUGUGGGAUAUUGGUGCUUGCCCUUGGGCGGAAUUUACCUCAUUGCUUGGUCCCUCAUCCACGGGAUGAGACGCUCGGCGCUCCGACCUUUGGCACUUCUGGUUUCCCCGUGCUUCGCAACGCCUUUUGCGGGAUCCGCGAUGUGA